AUGACCAACACGACCGCUUUCGAGACGGCGCGCUACUACGUGGAGCUGCAGUGGCUGGAGCGCUUCCAUGACUGGCGCAGGGCCGACCGAUGGAUGGCGGACCACUACGAGGUGCCCGCCGCGUUCUGCGUGGGCUACCUGGUGGUCAUCUUCGUCCUCCAGCGGGCCAUGCGCGACCGGAAGCCGUUCGACCUCUCCGGUCCCCUCUUUUGGUGGAACUCUCUUCUCGCCGCCUUCUCGAUCUUUGGUGCCAUUGCCACCGUGCCCUACAUCCUUCAGGAGGUGCUCCACGGCGCCGGCGCCUCCGCCGAUAUGUGCCUCUACUACACCGAGGCCAAGAACCCGUGGGUGUACCUGUUCUGCCUGAGCAAGAUCCCCGAGCUGGUGGACACGCUGUUCAUCGUGCUGCGGAAGCGCCCGCUGAUCUUCCUGCACUACUACCACCACGCGCUGACCCUCGUCUACGCCUGGAACGCGUGGGCGCUGAGCCUGCCCAACGGCGGCUGGUUCGCGGCCAUGAACCUGAUCGUGCACUCGCUCAUGUACUCGUACUACGCCGCCUGCGCCCGCGGCGUGCGCUUCAGCCAGGCCACGCGCCAGGCCAUCACCUCGCUCCAGAUCAUCCAGAUGGUGGCCGGCACCAGCAUCGUCAUCCACAACGUGCUCCGCUGCAACGACACGCCGCUCAGCAACAUGGCCGGCCUCGUCAUGUACGUCUCGUACAUGGUGCUCUUCACCAAGCUCUUCAUCGACUCCUACGUCAUCGCCAAGCCCCGCGCGCCCCGAGAAAAGAAGGCCGAAGCCAAGAAGGCGACCGAGAACGACGAGCUCGCCCAGCAGGCUGGCCCCGCCCGCAAGAAGGUCGAGUAG